AUGCCGACGUCGUGCGAAGAAAUAAACAAGAAGGCCCACAGUAGUGUGUCAGACUUUGGGCUGGCCCAAGCGGCGGUGGGCGGGGCCAGGCUUCUACUAACAAAGGGCCACACUAGAGGCAGCUGGACAAAGCUAGUGAUGUGCAGGUAUUAUGUACAUGGGCUGUGCAAGGAGGGUGGGAACCGCCGCUAUUCUCAUGACCUCUCAGGGCCUGCUGCCGUGGGCUGAGCCUUGCCCUCUGGGGUUUCUGCAAAUCCCGGGACGCCUGCGCAGGCCCAGCCCCGCAGAGAGGAAGGGGUGGAAGCCCCCCUUUCGGCUUCCUCCAGCUCCUUGCCUCUGAUUGGCUCAGUUGCAGAAGGUGGGUCUUUUGAAACAGGGACAGACAAUAUGGGCUCUCCAGCUGCUCGAGCUGGUGUAGAAUCUUGGGCAGAUACUAUUGAGUUUGUUCCUGGAAUGCCAUACUGUGGCCACAGGGAUCCGUAUUGGGGCCAUAGAGCUCUUUGUACCGCCGCCGCCGCCGCUCCCCCACAGACCGCAGUUAAUGUAGAACAGCUGGUCUUAGGGGUGGGGGAACGGCUUUGCCCCCAUGCCGAUGUAGGUGAAUGUCCUUAUGGAGAGCAAUGUUUGUAUCUCCACGGAGAGAGGUGUGACAUGUGUGGUCUGCAGACUCUGCACCCAACGAAUGCUGCCCAGCGAGCAGAGCACAUAAAGGUGUGCAUAGAAGCACAUGAAAAAAAUAUGGAGCUCUCUUUUGCUGUGCACUGCACUAUGGACAAGGUGUGUGGCAUCUGCAUGGAAGUUGUCUAUGAGAAAGCCAAACCCAGCGAUUGCCGCUUUGGCAUCCUUUCCAACUGCAGCCACACCUACUGUUUUAAGUGCAUCCGUGUGUGAAGGAAAGCCAGUUAUUUUGGAAGCAGGAUCAUCAAGUCAUGCCCAUAGUGCAGGGUCACUUCCAACUUUGUUAUUCCCAGUGAGUUCUGGGUGGAGGACGAGGAAAAGAAGCAGAAACUUAUUCAACAAUACAAAGAGGCAAUGAGCAACAAACCCUGCAGGUAUUUUGAUGAAGGCAGGUGUUGCUGCCCCUUCGGAGAGCACUGUUUUUAUAAGCAUACUUACCCUGAGAGUCCAGGGGAAGUUCACCAGAGUCAGGAUGCUGGAUCCAGCACCUACUGGAAUCAACUUGCGGGAGGACCCACUCAGUUUUAG